UUGACAUUUUCAUAUGGAAACUCCUACUUUCUAUUUGAACAGAUUUUAAUACUGUGACUAAAAUGUCAGGACAAGGAAAGGGAGAUAAGAAACAAGUGCCAGGGCCAGUCAUCCAGGCUGAACACGGGCAAAGGCUCAAUACAAUAAGCACAGUAUCUAUUAUAUCUCCAGGUGCUGAGUCAGUUGAAGGAAAAAAUCGAAAAAUUGCGUUUGUUAUACAUGCAACUGAAGACCAAAAGUAUGCUGAGGCUGUCAGAAAAGACCUGGACACACAUGGUUUCAUAUGCUUGACGUCAGUUAAUGAUUAUCAUCCACUGAAUGAACAUGAGAAUAGCAUUUAUAAUAGUAUUUUGAUGACCGACAAAGCACUGUUUAUUGUUACUGCAAAUUCAACACAGCAGUUCAUCGAAACCAUACAAAAACUUAUAUCAAAAGCUUCAAAUUUGGAAGAGGAUAAAGUUUCAAUUUUGUUGAAUUGUACGAAGGAUUCCAAAGCAACACAGUUUCAGAAUAGAGAAGAUGAAUUGAGAUUGUUUGGAACUUUGCAAAUGAACAUCUCAACAGUGGCUCAAUGUCAAUGUUUAAGAGUAUUUCUAGAAUUCCUCAUUAACACUGCUGGAUCAAAUGGAGGUGCAAUCCUGUUGGACCUGCUGAGCGUACGCACAAUUCAAGAAAGGAUUACUCAUCCUAAAGAACCCCUGCAACUUACAACAGGCAUCAGGGAGUCAUAAUUGUGAAGGAAUGGACACUGUGACCAUGGAGGUUGAUCUACCGAACUCUCAUCUACUUACCAUCACCAAUGUGCCUACAAAGUUUGGUGACUCUACAUCAACAAUGGUAGCAAUGCAAUAUAGGAGCAAGAACAGCUGCUUCAGUGGUCGAAAUUAACACAAGCCUACAAGCUCUGCACUGAUAAAAUAUCUUUCGUGCAUGCUGAAAUUCUGAAUUUUAUAUGGCAGGGCUUUUUCAAAAAUUUGAUGCUAAGAAAUAGUAAAAGAAUUUGGGUUGUUCAUCAGAAAGUCUUAUUUCGAUAACUGCUGCUUUUAUAAACUAACCUUGCAAUGAGAGUAAGUGCCUUUAAGCAAGUGUACAGCUCCAUACGGCAGGGAAUGAAUGUCACCAACGCUGUUGGGGGUCUGAUCAGUGGCAUACCUCACACACAUACAGAAACAUUCCAGUAGUUCAGACCAUGCCUGAAAAGGGAGGGAACUCAUUUUAGAUUAGUGGUAAAUAACUGACUUGGAUCAAAUAUUUUAUUUUGCAUUAAGUAAUACUGUGAAAUCAUUAAUAUUCAUUGGGCAUUAAUUUUCAUGGAUUUCAGCCGUAGAGUAAUCCAAGAAUUUAGGAUCGCAAUGAAAAACUUACCUCAAAUUCUGUAAUUAAACUGCCUAUUUAAAAGGGUAUAGAUGUUUUCACAUGAAAUAUACAUGGUCCAGGUAUACAAGGUAACAACUUGUAAUUUCCUUAAUCAUUGUUUAUAUUACAUUCAAAAUGUUUUAUAAAUUAACUUCAAGGACAAUAAGUUAAAGACAGUCACAUGCAAUGUUUUUUGUAGAACAUUGCAGGAACAUUAAAACAAGAUUACCUAUAUUACUAAUCUCCUGCUCCAGGAAUAUGAAAAACAUACUGAUUAUUGAGCUAGUGAUUUUGAAAGUCGGCACUUGACCUUGUUUCUUUCAUCAAAUAUUAAAGCAAUUAUUAUCGAGCUGCAUUGUUACUGUGUUUUUAGAGUUGUCAAAAAUGUCUUAUUGACAUUCAUUGUCUUCACGAUUUUAAAAACUUUUGUUAUAAAACCAGACAAGCUUAUGGCUUAGAUAUCAUUUCUCUAACCUCGAGCAGUUCCUGUAUUUGUUGUUGGUACUCAGACUGCUUGGAUACGCUCCCCAACUCUUCCCUAACUCUGUCCACAAUUUCACAACUCUGAAAAUACAUACAUGUACCAUCUGAACUUAAAAAUAACUGUUAUAAUGCUCUUAUACUUUUUAAAUUUCUAUACAGGUUUGAUAUCUUCUUAUGUGUUUUUAAUUUCGUGCUUGUCAAAAUAUACAAUAAAAGCUCAAACAUG